AAACAGAGCUCGAACAACUGCCAUUGCACAAUGCUCCUCGACGAGAUAACUCUUGACGAUAUCGACUUGGGCUCCGUCACCAGGAGCUUCUGUGCCCUCAAGAGCGACUCCCAAUAUCUUUCGUCCUGCAAUCCUCUGCUCUCCAGUUUGGACUCACAUCCAGGCGACUCUGAUAUUCUGGAGAAAGAGCUCGAGCAGCUAUUGUCCAUUCCUGUUGAGGUCUACAAGUUGAAGUCUGUGGGUGAUUCGAUAGAUGCUGAUAGAGUUGAUAUCUACCUUGCCGAUUGUCAGGAUUUCACCACCUUCAAGCAAAUUUUGGUUUCAAACUACGAUUUUUACAAGAAAGUUCAGCACCAGUCUCUCGAAAAUUAUGAUUUAUUCAAAUCUUUCAAAAAUUUAUACUUGACGUUUUUUUACUGGAUAGUGUUGUCAGAGCCUCAAAAGCAGUCAUUGAAGGAUUGGUUCAACGACAACCAAUACACUAUAUCCAAGUGGAUCAUGUAUAAGUACAAUAAUAAUAACAAUAACAGUAACCACGCUUCAAACUCUAAUAAUGACGAUGAUUAUUUUGAAAAUUUCAAAUUAGAGGUUCUAGAAGACAAGAAUAUUCCCUGUCAAACUUCUCCUGGAGAUUUCGAUCUUGGUCUAUUGAAGUCUUAUUUCGAAUAUUUCAACACCGACAGAUUUAAAUUCAAUCUCCAUUAUCUAUCUCAUAAGCUUCAAAAUUUCAUCUUUGAAACCUGCCCAAUUAAAUUUGAUCACUACUACGACAAAAGAUUUCACGGUUACUAUUUGUUCCAAUCUACUUCUCCCUUGGAGGUUGUAACAAAAAUAAAAAGCAAACUAUUAAAUUCAAAAAAGAUCUCAAAGGAGUUCAUUAAUUUAAGAAAUUUAUGGUUUGCCAUAUACUGGUUAACUUUAAAUCGAAAACAAAAAAAGAUCUUGAAAAACUGGUUCAAACUAAAUGAUUUGAAAAUCGUCAAGUAUUUGUAUAAUAGCUAUGAAUAUGAAGAUAUCUUUACUGAUUCAGAUUUGCCCUUCAAUUUGAAAUUUGAAAUUUUAAAAAACUGGUUGGAUUAUUUUAACACUCAAAGAUUUAAAUUUGAUGUCUUGUACCUUAAAAAUGUUUGCAAAAUUGAAUUUUCAAAAUCUGAAUUAAAUGAUCCUAAUACUGCUACUACUUCUACUACUAAUAUUAAUAAUAAUAAUAAUAGUAAUAAUAACAAUGUUGAUAUUUUUGAUAGUAAAAUGGAUGACGAAAACUAUUCUGCUGAUAUCGAAUCCACAUUUGUUAACUCAAUGCCUUCCAGUCCGCUUAAUCUAAUUACUCAAGAAAUCCCAGAAACUUUUUAAAACAUAAUAAUCAUUUCCCUUCAAUUCUUUUAUGACUGCACAAUCAUUAAUUAUUUCUUUCAUUCUGUUUUUGUUUGUGUAAACAUCACAUCUUUACUAUAUAUUACACAUGACAUCAAACCAUUCAUUGAUAUUCUUUUUCUUUUAUGUUUUAAUCAAACACUUUACAUUUAUUUUAUUUUAUUUUAUUUUUUAAACCAUAAAUGCAUUUACCAUACUUUUAUGAACUAUUAAUUAAC